AAAGAUAACUCUUGUCAGUUAGUAGUAGAAGCAAAUACUUCGUGAAGUGAUCAUGCAGUAAUUUAAAAUGGGUAGUGGUAGUUCAAAAAAAGGACGUGAAGUGAGUGUUAACGACGAGUUAUCACAAAAUAACAAUAACAAUGCAGUUAAUAAGACAGACAAUAAUGAUAAUAACAAAAUUUUAGAUUUAAGUAAACUAGACUUACAGCAUAUUGAAAGGAUUCGAAAGGAUUUUCGUGAGACACCCGAAUUAUUUUUGUUGAACAACGUACUUAUGUGUGUUAUGUUCUUUAAGGAUUACAAAAAAUUUUCAGAAGAACAGAUCAAACACAAGUUAGUGAAACAAGAAGAAUGCCUAACACCCGAUAUUAUUUUCGAGGAAGUUAAUCAAAAUAUCAGAUACCGUCCUCAUCAUGGAACAAAGAAGCACCAAUCUGAACCGCUGGUGCCUAAACGACUAUAUGUACUUAGUGAUGAAGUUAAAGUACUUGGAACUAUAGAAGAUGAUACGAAUAUAGAGGAUGAAGAGAGAACUGUUGUGAGAAUUGAAGAAUCUCGAAGAAAAGGAUACAUAAGACUUAAAGAAAUAGUUAACCGGCCUAGCUCCAGUGGUUCACCUGUACUCACCUUAGAUGAAAACUCAGAACCAAAUUCCAGAAGUUCUAACGACUCUUCUGAUACUGCUUAUACUAAUUUUACAGACUUACGAACUCCAACACCCAUGGAAAUAUUAAAUGGUUUGAAGAAAAAAUCAACACAAUGUGAUGGUUUACCAAAAACUUGUAUAUCAUAUAGGAAAGUUAAAAAGAUUUCAUGGGACGCGGAUGAAUUAAGAGGUGAAAAAAUUUCCGAGGAUGAUUUGUACGAUACAGUUUCUUAUAUAAAUUCGAAGAGUUUUAGAAAGUACUCACAAAACGGUACAUUGUUAAGUGAAGCGGCUUCAUAUUUGAAUAUACAAGAAGAAGAUAUUCAAGAAACUCAAAUAAUACAAGAAAAAGUUGUGUUCGACACCGUUAAAAGUGAAAAGAGAAUACCAUAUGAAAUUAUACCUGCUAUACAGGCCAAAUGGCCCCUAGAGCAAACUUUAGAUUUCGCAACUAAAGCAGAAAGAUCUUCUGAAAGUAGAAAGGUAUGUAUAUUUCCUACACCAAGUAUGAUAGAAGAAAUAACAACUUUAGAUUGUGUCUUGUUACCUAAAGGUUAUUCAUAUAAAAGAGGUGAAUAUAAUGACUCUGAUAUAGAAUGGGAACUGUGUUUUCCCCAAGCACAAAGAUAUUUGGAAAGUUUUAUGAGCCAUGCUCAGAUGAAAAGCUUGAUCAUUCUUUUGACACUUCACAAAACUUUCAUAGAACCUCAAACUGCGCAUUUAGGUCUAACUGCCGAUCAUAUAAGAAACUUUAUCUUUUUGGAAUGUGAGUCCCAUUAUAGUGACUGGGCAGAACAUAGGUUAGGUAUUAAAUUGUUAAAAGUGAUAAAACGUCUUUAUACGCAUCUUUCACAAGCUAAACCAUGUAUUCCAGACUUUUUUGUUACUAAUAAAAAUACUUUAAGUGAAAUACCUAUUAGAAAAAUAAGAAGAGCUCUAAUGGCCUUGGAUGAAAUUUUACAAUCUCCCUUGAUGUACUUCAUAAAAGCCUUACGAAAUCUUAGAUAUACAGACGGUAAAAAUUUCUUUCCUCCUUUAAAUUUUAAAAAACUGCACGAACUUCUAAAUAAAUCUGGGUUGGAGUUCUCCAAUCCACAGCUUGCAACAAGACUUCGCAAGAAACCACGUUUCACUGAUGCAGAUAUGUUGGUAAGUCACUUACGAGAUGCCAAAAAGCGCCAGAAAAUCUUAAGAGAGAGGCAAGAAGAACAAGAAAGACAAGAAAGGGAAAAGAAUGGCAAAGAUGAUCAAUCUAGAAAAGGAUCUGUAGAUUCAAUAAACAUGGAAUGGGUAUGUGAGAAACAAUUCAAUCUCCACAAGAAACGUGCUCUCUUAAAAUUCUUCAUUGAUACAUUCAUCGAAAUCGCCGAGAAAAGUCUCACAAUUUCGUCAAAGAAAACUACUUUAUUCUACAUAAAACAAGCUUAUUACUUGACCAAACUUCUCCAGGAAGAGUGUGCAGCAUUUGCAGUUGAUGUGUACGAAUAUAAUGAAAAAAUUUACGAAUUAGAAGCAAAAUGUAACCUGGUAGAAAAAGAGCAAACGUUUGAUGAAAUCAAGGUCGAAUUCGUAAAGAAUCCGAAGAAAUUAAACGCGAAUGUUAAACAUGACAAGGGAAAUAGUGUAGAGAAUGGUAGUAUUCCCCCGAGGAAAAGUGUUACUUUUGUUGAAGUGCACAGUUCGACAUAAUACUAGUAUUAAAUGUGAUUAUAUGUUUUAAGUUAUUGAUUAUAUGUUAAUAAGUUAUUAUUUAUAUGAGUUUGAAUAUAUUAAUAUAAAUGACAA